UCCAUCCCCAAGACUGGCCCGAACCCAAGUGAAGGUGAUAAGGGGGUGCCUGGCUGUCCUGGAAGUGAUCUGCGCUCUUCGCCUCCCUCCGGACUUGGUGUCUGUCUGUCCUGCUAACGUGACGAUGAACAGCUCUGAUGCCUUCCUGGACCCCUGUGAGACCCGGGGCCAGACACGCCGCUGCUUGUCAGCCGUGGAGCCAGGCUCACUGCCUGCUGGCAACACAGGGUCCAGCUGGGACGCUGAGGAAGAAGAGGACCGGUUUCUGGGUGUGCCACUGCGCCGGGCCUGUGGGCACCGGGCUGCCAUGCAAGCCUAUGAUCCCUUCCGGCGCCACAGCUGGGAGCCAGGCAAGAAGCUGCAGGGUGCCGCAGGCUAUGAGCAGAUGAGUGCCAGCCUGAAGGGCCUGGACCCUCCCGAGCUUGACAGCAGCCUGGAGACCCUGGCCAGGCUGUCCCGGCAGGACCCACGCCGUACCCCCAUGGUCCGCAGCAUCGACACCCUGGAGUCCCUGCUCUCCCAGGACGAGGAUGAUGAGGACCUGGCGCUAGCUCAGGAUGGUGCCACGAGGCCAGGGCAGGGCUCCAUGGGCACUGGCCUCUCCAAGUCCGUGUCCCUGAGUGGCAUCGACAUCUUCCAGGACAAGGAUGACAUCUCUCUCUUUGUUUCGGAAACCAGCCUUGCUGACAGCUUCAGCCUCGGGAGCUGUGGGCAGCUGGACGCCACAGGGGAGGCCGGGCAGCCGCAGCUGCAGUACUGGGAGGCAACGCGUCUGGGACGCACCCUCAGCUUCAUCAAGAAGAUGACGGGCAAGGCCAAGAACAAAGAGAAGGAGAAGAUGAAGGAGCGGGAGAAAGAAAAGGACGCCCGCUAUACCAACGGGCACCUCUUCACCACCAUCAGCGUCUCGGGCACCACCCUCUGCUUCGCCUGCAACAAGAGCAUCACUGCCAAGGAGGCCCUUAUCUGCCCCACCUGCAAUGUUACCAUCCACAACCGCUGUAAGGACACACUGCCCAACUGCACCAAAGUCAAGCAGAAGCAACAGAAAGCUGCGCUGCUGAAGAACAACGCUGCCCUGCAGAGUGUGUGCCUACGCAACAAGACAGGCCUCCGUGAGCGUCCCAACUCAGCCAUCUACCCCUCAGAGAGCUUCCGGCAGAGCCUGCUGGGCUCCCGCCGGGCCCGGCCCACCCUGUCCCUUUCCAAGAGCGUCUCUACCACCAACAUUGCAGGGACCUUCAAUGAUGAGUCACCCCUGGGACUGCGGCGCAUCUUGUCCCAGUCCACGGACUCGCUCAAUGCACGCAACCGCACACUCUCUGUGGAGUCGCUGAUCGAUGAAGGUGCCGAGGUGCUGUACAGCCAGCUGAUGAGUGACCUGGAGCCAGCCGAGCGGGACUUUGCGGCCGACUCGUGGAGCCUGGCCGUGGACAGCAGCUUCCUGCAGCAACAUCGCAAGGAUGUCAUGAAGCGCCAGGAUGUCAUCUAUGAGCUGAUCCAGACAGAGCUGCAUCAUGUGCGAACGCUGAAGAUCAUGGGCGGGCUGUUCCGCAAGGGGAUGCUAGAGGACCUGCAGAUGGAGCCGGGGCAGGUACAUCGCCUCUUUCCCUGCGUGGACGAGCUGAGUGACAUCCACCAGCGCUUCCUGGCCCAGCUCCUGGAGCGGCGUCACACCUCGCUGGCACCUGGCAGCCCCAAGAACUUCGUCAUCAACCGCCUGGGCGACCUCCUUGUGCAGCAGUUCUCAGGUACCAAUGCGGAGCAGCUGAAGAAGGCCUACGCUGAGUUCUGCAGCCAGCACAACAAAGCCUCGAAGCUCUACAAGGAGCUCCUGGCCCGGGAAAAGAGGUUCCAGCAGUUCAUCAGGAAGCUGACGCGCCUGCCGGUGCUGCGGCGACACGGGGUGCCUGAGUGCAUCCUGCUGGUCACGCAAAGGAUCACCAAGUACCCUGUCCUCAUUGACCGCAUCCUGCAGAACUCCAAAGGGAAUGAAGCGGAGCAGCAGGACCUGAGCACGGCGCUGGUGCUGGUCAAGGACCUGCUGUCAGCCAUCGACCAGGAGGUGCACGACAGCGCAAAAAGUGCACGGCUGCGGGAGAUCCAUGGGCGCCUGGACGGACGGGCACGGGUCCUACUGGCCUGGGAGGGCCGCAACGCCGCCUUCGGGCGCGACGAGCUGCUGCGGCGCCGCCUUGUGCACGAUGGCUCCCUGCUCUGGAAGAUGGCAACUGGGCGUUUCAAGGACGUGCUGGUGCUGCUGAUGACCGAUGUGCUCAUCUUCCUGCAGGAGAAGGACCAGAAGUUCACCUUCCCUGCCUUGGACAAGCCGGCAGUGAUCUCCUUGCAAAACCUCAUUGUGCGGGACAUCGCCAACCAGGAGAAGGGCAUGUUCCUCAUCAGCGCUGCGCCGCCCGAGAUGUACGAGGUGCAUGCCGCCUCCCGUGAAGACCGUAACACCUGGAUGAGGCUCAUCCAGCACACUGUCAGCCUCUGUCCCAGCCGCCAGGACUUCCCACUGAUCGAGACGGAGACUGAGGCCUCCAUGCGCAAGCUCAAAGACAGGAUCGCCAACGUGGACCAGGAAGUGGCCGCGCUGCUGGAGGAGAAGGUGAUGAUGUUCACCGACAUGCUGAAUCUGCAGAGUGGCUUGGAGGAGUUGGCCCCUGCCCCUGGCCCCCGCACCCUCUUCCGCUCCGAGUCAGCUGAGGUGCCUCGCGGAGAGAAGCUCAUCCAGGAGGCCAUCCGUGAAGUGGAGUGCCUCAAGGACCUGAUUCUGGGAACUGGACGGGAGCGGGACCACAGCCAGCUUGACCCUGACGGGGGCACCAGCCCCACUGCCACCACUGCACCCAAUGGUGAAGCUGGCCCUUACAACGGCACCCUCGACUUCAGCCGGCCUGACCACGAGACCGCACCCCGGGAUGGGAACGGAAACCAGCUGCAGCAGAAGGGACCACAGGAGGAGGUGCUCCAGCAUUUCGUGACACUCUACACUGCCAUCCACAGCCUGCAGGCCAUCGUGGCGCAGCAGGACACGCUGCUGGAGCUACGGCUGCAGGAGGGGCUGGAGCGGCGGGAGCGCCUGAGCCGCGCAGGGUCCCAGGCGGGUGAGGGGAUGGCCCCAGGGCCACGGGCACCCGAGCGGGGCAGCACGGAGCUGGGGUUGCUGCAGCGGCAGCACACGCUGGUGCAGGAGGAGCUGGCCCGCUGCCGCCAACUGUGCCAGGACAAGGUGCAGGAGGUGGGGCUGCUGGAGACGCGGCUGCGGGACAGCGAGCAGAGCCGCCUGCGCCUGGAGCGGGAGCUGGAGCAGGCCCGGCGGCAGCUGGACGGGGCCCGACGUGUCCCAGACCCUCGGCGACGGAGCUUGCCCGCCGGGGAUGCCCUGUACCUUAGCUUCACCCCACCCCAGAGCCAUGUCAGCGACCAGGGGAGCCUGUCCCCACCGUUCCCGCGCCCCUUCAGCUCCUCCCGGGACGAGCCGACCUUCCUGGCCCCCCCAGCGCGGCUGCAGGAGGGUGAUGAUGACCUAGACCCGCUCUCCGAGGAUGAGGCCAGUGCCUCCCACCCAUCCCCGCCCUCCAGCCCUCGAGAUUUCCCCCGGAUGCAGGACAUUCCUGAGGAGGUGGAGAGCAGCCAGGAGCUGCGGGAUGGUGAAGGGGCUCCCUCGGACAGCUAGAGAUGGGGGUGCCACCCCCCACCCGACCCCUGGACCAGCACCGGUGCCUGGACCCACCAGGGCAACAGCUGCUUCCCUGCAUGGGACUGCACGGGGCACUGGGGGGCCCAUCCUGAGACCAAGGGGAGGGGGCGCCAAUGCCAGGCCCCCCCUCCUGGGGACCACGUUCUGGCUGGGCUGAGCUGGGGCUUGAGUCUCUCUCUGCUCCCCGGCUCCAUUGCCCCCGGCCCUUGCAAGAAGACAGGGGAGGGGCUGAAUUUGGUCCCCCACCCUGCUCCCAAGCAGAUUAAUUUAUUUAUUACGUUCGCAGGGCAGGGGAGGUGUUUUUCAUUGGCCCCGGGGGCUGUUCCAGCUGGUUCACUCUAAUCUGGAGGGGCCUGGCUGCAAAGCCAACACUAUGGGGGCACCUGCGGCCCUGGGGACAGGUCCCCAUGUGUCAGCAGCCCAUUCAUGGAAACGACAAGGCCUCGCAGCAGGAGGCUCAUGAGUGUGAUGUAGAAGGGUAAGAGGGGGCUGGAUCUCAGUGCUGGGGGGGGGUCCGCAUCCCAGAGACCCUUUCCCUGGGGGGAAAAGCCCGGAGGCAUCAGCGUGGCGGGGGGUAGAUGCACCCGGCGUCACCCCCCUUUGGCACCAAGUCUGGAGCCCUUUAUGGCAGGGGAGGGGCCGGGUCCUGAAUCCCCUCCCUGCACCCCAAAGGUGAUCCAGCAGCCUCCUGGGGAGCGUCUGGACCCCCAACAGCCCCAGGAACCCCCAGACCCUCACUCCAUGGCCAAGCAGGAGGCCCCAGCACCACCCCAAGCUGCUGCUACAAAGGGGACUGGGGGGUUAAUUAAUGCCUAGACCGUCAUGGGGUUGGGGGAUGGGGGGAUUGGCUCCACGUUGGCUUCCUGUUGAUUUCACUGUACAAAGAGGGAAACCCCCGAUUAAAGGAUCAAACCCUG